AAAGUUCAUAAGCUGCAGCCAUGAUUUCCUUAUCAGACUCUCAGAAAAUAGGAAUGGGACUAACAGGCUUUGGAGUGUUUUUCCUUUUCUUCGGGAUGAUACUGUUCUUUGAUAAAGCUCUGCUGGCAAUAGGAAAUAUCUUGUUUGUUGCAGGACUCUCAUUUGUCAUCGGUUUGGAACGUACAUUCAGAUUCUUCUUUCAGCGGCAUAAAGCAAAAGCUACAGGCUUCUUUUUGGGAGGUAUAUGUGUGGUGUUGAUUGGAUGGCCGAUUGUUGGUGUGGUGCUAGAAAUCUAUGGCUUCUUUCUCCUAUUCAGGGGUUUCUUUCCUGUGGCCGUGGGCUUCAUCAGAAGAAUACCAAUUAUUGGAUCCCUGCUUAAUCUCCCAGGCAUCAGUUCAUUGGUGGAUAAAGUUGGUGAAAGCAACACGAUGGUAUAACGGAGAACAUACUUGUUCCCUCUCUUAAUUGUCAACACUUAUUUAAUUUUAAUAUUGUACUUGUAAAAUGAUGCCUUUUGGCAAAACUCCCAGUGAAUGUCAGAAAUGACAAUUUAUCAUCAAAAAAGGCAUUACUUGGCACAGGAGGAUGCCUACUAUGGAAGCGAUGUUGGCAAUGAAGAGCUGUGUUAUUUUUUUUGUUUUGUUUUUCUGAGAAACAUACAACAGCCCAAAUUGGGCUCUGACAUGCUUACUCUAUACACAGCAUACCUCCAUGUAGGAGGUAACAUGGACCUAACCCAACACAGAGCAUGUCUUGUUGGACUGUUGUUUAUGCCCACUGACAGCUUGAGAAAGACCUGCUAUGGGAGAGAACAUGGCUUGCUACUUUAUUCCUUGCUUUUGUUAUUUGUGUUAUUUUGCUUUUAUGAAGACCCAAAUUACACCUGGUCAUUUUAUGUUAUGUAUCUGGACUGUAUUUUGGUAAGACAUUUAAUUACACAUUUAUAUUUUUUAUUGUAUGGUAUUCUAGGCAGCCAGAUUGAAAUCCUGUUACUGUAAGUGCAUUUAAUAUGCUCAAAAGAGUUGUUGUGACAACCUUUGCUGGCUGAUUGAUGGCACCUGCGCAGAGAUGGGGGAUAGUGGAGACUCUCCAUGCGCAAAGCUGAUCCAUAUAUGAACUCGUCUGGUGCAGGUGAAAAGAUAGAGUUGGUACUGCACACGUGUCAAAGGGGGCAUGUGUUAGUCAGCUCUCCUCAGUCAGGAGCGGAGGUCAACAUCAGUAGAAAGGAAGCGAAAUCCAAUGGGGUAAUUGAAUACGACUAGAUUGGAAGUAAAAAGGAGUUGUUGUGUUUCUCUUCAGUUUUGUGUAGGCCUGUUUUGAUCAUGAAGUUUAAGCUGAUGAAUUGUCAUAUGGCUGUUCAUAGUUAACAUUGUCAGUAGUUCUGCUCUUAAAUUCAUGCCAUGGUUAUAACUGAAUCUAAAAACAACGUAUACUGCAUAGUUUAUAAAGCCAUUAAUCAACAUAACCAGUAGACUGUACACUACUUAAAUUUACAGUUCAAGUACCAUGCUAAAAUAAUGGACUUGAUGUGCACAAAUGUGCACCUUGAUAAAAGAUGGAGAGGUUUUUAAUUGUCAAACAUGUCUAUGAGAUAUUGAUUAAACUUAUAUAUUGGCUUUAUCGCCAGAAUUUUACAUUUAUGCCUUUGCUAGAUGCUUUUAUUCAAUGCAAUUUCAGAAGUGAUACAAUCCACGCAACUAAGGGUUAAGAUCCUUGCUCAAGGAACCUACAGUUGCAGAUUGGCAGCUAAACCUUCUGAUCAAUAGGUCAAGAUUGUGGUGGUUACAGAAUCCUACCCAGAUUACACUGGGCACAUUGUGGAAAUACCUGUUAGACAGCUUCAAUUCAUCUCAGGGCAUCGCACACACAGACACAAAGAGACCAGUUUCGAGUUGUUGAAUCAACAUGCCCGCAUGUUUUUUGGAGGAGGGAAAGAUUCAGACUACCUGAAAUGUUCAAGGGCCAACAUAAACUUUACCCAGACUAUACCCAAGGUCAAGGAUCAUAAAAUUUAACUUACAUGCUGGUAUAUGCCAUAGUGCCAUCUGUUUGCAAAAAAAACAUUGAUGCUGGAGUCGGAGUUUAAUGCAUUUGGGUGCAUUUAUGUCCUACAUGCACACUCACUAUCUGGAUACAAUCCUGAUCAAAGCACACAAAAUGACCAAGUGUAAACAGGGUCAGAGAUCUUGCGCUUGAAUAUAAAAAUGUUACUAAAAUUCUCUGUUGCUUGUGGUGGUGCAAACCACUUGUGCACACAGGAUGAGCCACAAUUCUUCUGACAUGACACUCCAUAUUGCUGGCUCAGUACAUAAUGAACAGCUUUUGUGAAACAGUAAUUUGUAAAUACAUAUUUUAAAUACUGUAUGAGAGUGAUGUACAUUUUUUACACAGAAAAAUGAUGAAUUAAUAAACCUUUCAAUGUCUGUAAA